UGUCGAUAAAAAGAGUUGUGGCUGGAAGUACAAAAGAAAAAGAUUACAUAUGCAAUUUAGCCUAAAAUAUUAGAAGCAGCUCGUACGGUCAUACCCAUUCAUUUUCACACGAAGUUUCGUUUCAACUUGACCUUCGUUCUCAAUAGUUCCACCACCGACUCUUUGUAGCACACCAGACCAACAAUGACUUCAACGUUUAUCACACAUUUUCUGAACAUACCUACCAUUCAUAUAUCAUUUUUCACAAUAAAUCUGUAAUAGCAAACAAGGGGGGGAAAAAUUUAGAUUCUGAGGAUGGCCAAUCGAGGGGCUUAUGAAGAACAUCUCCCGGCCGUGCCCGCAUGGCUAAACAAAGGCGACAACGCCUGGCAAAUGACGGCCGCCACACUAGUUGGCCUGCAGAGCAUGCCGGGAUUGGUAAUCCUGUAUGCCAGCAUUGUGAAGAAGAAAUGGGCAGUAAAUUCAGCUUUCAUGGCGCUCUACGCCUUUGCGGCCGUCCUAAUUUGUUGGGUUCUACUUUGCUACCGCCUCGCCUUUGGUGACGAGCUCUUGCCUUUCUGGGGCAAGGGCGCCGUUUCUUUAGGCCAAAGCUACCUCAUCAAGCGCGCGUCUAUACCAGAAAGCACACACCAUUACGCCAAUGAAACGAUUGAAUCUCCUAUGAAUCAGCCAUUUUUCCCGAUGGCGUCUCUAGUGUAUUUCCAGUUCACCUUUGCAGCCAUUACGACCAUUCUACUGGCGGGUUCUGUGCUUGGUCGGAUGAACAUCAAGGCCUGGAUGGCAUUUGUUCCUCUCUGGCUCACAUUUUGUUACACUGUUGGAGCAUUCAGUUUGUGGGGUGGGGGUUUUCUUUACCAUUGGGGUGUCAUUGAUUAUUCUGGUGGCUACGUUAUUCAUCUUGCAUCAGGGAUUUCUGGUUUCACUGCUGCAUAUUGGGUCGGUCCGAGGUUGAAAACUGAUCGGGAAAGGUAUGUUCCGAACAAUAUUUUGCUGAUGCUUGCCGGCGCCGGAUUGCUAUGGAUGGGAUGGUCAGGUUUCAAUGGCGGAGCUCCUUAUGCUGCAAAUUUAGUUUCUUCAAUAGCCAUAUUAAACACAAAUAUUUCAGCUGCAACUAGCCUUCUUGUAUGGACAACCCUUGAUGUUUUCUAUUUUGGAAAACCGUCGGUCAUUGGAGCUGUUCAAGGAAUGAUAACUGGCCUUGCUUGUAUAACACCCGGCGCAGGAGUGGUUCAAUCGUGGGCGGCUAUAGUAUAUGGAAUGCUUUCUGGUAGCAUUCCAUGGUAUUCGAUGAUGAUUCUUCACAAAAAGUCCACUUUGCUACAAAAGGUAGAUGACACUUUGGCCGUCUUCUACACACACGCGGUUGCCGGACUUCUAGGCGGCCUUUUAACCGGGCUAUUCGCAGAACCCGACCUUUGCAAGAUGAUAUUGCCGGUAACAAACACCAAGGGUGCAUUCUACGGUGGCGGUGGCAGCCAAUUUGCCAAGCAAUUAGUUGCAGCACUUUUUAUCAUUGGUUGGAAUAUUGUUUCAACAACAAUAAUUCUUUUGGUAAUCAGAAUUUUGAUACCUUUAAGAAUGCCAGAAGAACAGCUCAUGAUUGGAGAUGAUGCAGUGCAUGGAGAAGAAGCCUAUGCCCUUUGGGGAGAUGGGGAAAAAUAUGAUGCAACACAACAUGGUUGGAAUAAUCCUGCUAAUGUUGAAAUGUUGGCACAACCUGGGGGUGCUAGAGGAGUCACUAUUAAUUUAUAAGGCUUGGAUUAAUUUUAAUUAUUGAAUUUUUCUAGGAGUUGUAGAUGUGAUUUGUGGAACGUUUGAAGUGAUGAGUGCGAGUUUGAUGUAACGUCGUGUGUAUGGAAGAAAAUUUUGUUGAAAUGGAAAGAUUUCGGAAAAUAUGCAUGGAAGAAAAGCUUGAACAA